AUGACAGAUAAAUACGACCCAAAACCGACACAUCAAACAACCAUAUACAACUUGCUUAAUCAAACCAGUAAAAUGAAACUCGCAGUCACAGUAUUGUCAUCAAUCCUGGCCAUCUGCUCGGUUACUACAGCCAAUCCAGUCAAUCCCAGUUCGGCUACAAGUACUGAAACUAGCACUUCAACAGCUCAGCCCACUGAAAUUACAAGUACUGUAUUCGAGGAUCGGAUAAUUUCUUAUGAAGAAGCUACACGUUUAGUUGAUAUUAGUCAACUUUCAGAGAGUGAUAUAGGUUUAAUCAAAGAUUACCUAGAAACGGAUCGAGAAUAUCAAGAGAUGAAAAAAGUGUAUGUCUUGGUCAAAUCUGAAAGGCGUAGCCAACAAAAGUUGAUAGACCAGCUGUAUAAAGAAUAUUUGGAGCUGGUAUAUAAAUAUCAGCAAAACAAGAAUAAUCCAAUGUGUCAAGAAAUGGUUCAAAAUUCUAAACUGAUGCUUAAAGAAGCGAGAGAGAAACUCAAAAAGCUUCGAAAAGAGCGCCUGGAACUCAGUCAAAAAUUUUUUGGUUUUAGUUUGCAAUCGCAUUUAAAAAAAGAAAAACUCGCAGAACUCCUGUUCGGAAAUGAUAUGGAUUCAUUAUUACUUUUUUCUUGCAUGGAGUUUCUGGAAUCAAAUCGUGAUUUUGUUGAAAGCAUAUACGAAUUUCUCAUUCUCCGACUAAACCAGCAGUCGGAAUCCGAGCAAGUCUCUACUAGUGAAGCCCAGAGUUUAUCAUCAUCAAGCGAAACGUUUAUAGUUCAACCCACUCAAACAUCAUCCAGUACACAGGCAACUUCUUCCAGUACACAAAGAGCUUCCAGACGUUCUCGUAUAUAA